GCUGGAGCCAGGCAGACUCCCUCCCUUUCCUCCCGCCUCCCCCCGCCUGUACCCAAGGGAGCAUGAAUGCCCAACACCAAGCUGGUACACAAGGCGAGGAGGAGAGAAAAGACUCCCCAGGUGGAUGGAGGCGAGCCCAUCAGCAUCCUUGGCCUCAUCCUUGGCAUUAGCCUCUCCCUCUUGAUCCUGGGCAUGCUUAGCUAUGCCCUUGCCAAAUGGUACCGGGAAGGACACUGCUGGCACACGCCUAAUUUUGUCUUCAACCUUUACCACAUCCGCAAUGUGAAAUCGGUGGAGGUGGAACUGGCUCCUCCCUUCACCAUUAGUGACGCCAUGCGUGAAGCAGAAAGCGAUUAUGUGCGGUUCCACGACAGAGGCACAUAA